UCAGUUUUUGCCACGACAAGAGGCGAAGCAGGUGAAGUAGUUAGCAGUCCUAAAAUGAAAGUUCGAAUCGCCGAUGAACUCCCAAUUGUGCCACUUGGGAGUGGAAAUUUGACGGGGAAGGUUUUAGUUUCACUUGAAGAUAACGCAGGGUUUAGCAUGUACGAAUUUCACGCUAAACCUGGCGAUGAAGUGACGCUGGCGGCAUUUCACCCAAAUCACAAUCACAUCUACUAUUGUGCCGAAGGACGAUGUACCAUACACAACGAUGCAACUGAACAGCUACCUUUUACUGCUGACCAUCUUCUUGCUCUUACAUCCGAAAACACUGUACGUGCAAAUGUUCAGGAGCCAAUGAGAAUCGUUGCAGUUUCGGUCCCACGUGACCCAAGCAUGUCUCCUUUGCCUCUGCUUAUGAAGAACGAUACCAGCAGCUACUUUGAACGGCCUAAGAAAUAUUUAGAAGAGAUGACGGCAGCCGUUCAAACGGCCAAAGAAAAACGACAUGGUGGAAAUCUUACUGUUUACAAUUUUUAUUACGCUAUGUCCCAGAGUCCCAGACCCACGGUGUGGUAG